AUGUCACCAACUGCGAGCGAUGCCCUGGUUGAACGACGGCGCCAACAGAAUAGAGAUGCACAAAGAAAACGGCGGAAUGCUUUGAAAGCGCAGAUUGUAGAGCUCCAAGCUAGGAACCUAGAGCUGCAAGCCUUUAAAGAGUCUGCAGUUUCAAUUGCAGCUAAUCAACAGACCUUACUCGGUUCCAGAACAAUGUUGACCUCGGAUGUAAGCUGCAGCUUAGGAGGUAGCUUUAAUAGCCCAUGCCACACAUCAUCCGAUGGUCAGAACGAGGGUUCGGAUACAGCAUCAGCAGUAAUACUGCGUCCCGACUAUCCGAAAUUGGACGAUACAUUCAUUCAAGGGAUUUCCGAGAACCUACAGCCAAAUGCACAAAUGAUGUCUAGAAGUCAACCUGGCAGCAUUCAGGGUUACUACCAUGACGCCGAAGAUACGUCCACUCAAAUCGCUAUAUCAACAUCGGCCUCGGAUCCUGGGUUUGGAAGCGGCGGAACACCUCUGCCAGCAGCCGCCUAUACCGAUGUUACGAUGAGUCCUUCGCCAGGGAAGUAUGACCUGAGCUUACACUUUGGGGACACGUCACUUCAUGACACACUUGAUCUUGCAUCACUUCGCCAACAGUCACCAUCAGAGGCCGGUUCAAGAGCUGGGAUCACUGAGACUAUAAGCAGACAACUGUCUGGACCUAACGGGCUUCGACCUUGCUUUCGGGACAAAAAGCAGAAUGCCAUGGCUAUAGCGGUGGCCAAUCGACAAACAGCUGUAGUACGGCUACUACUACGACAUGGAGUGGACAUAAAUGCCAGAGAUGAACGGGGACGGACUGUCUUACAUGAUACAGCUGAGGCUAAUGACACCGAGAUGAUGCAGUUGCUUUUGGACUAUAACGCUGAUUCGAAUAUUGUUGACAAAUCUGGUAUGAUACCUAUUGAAAUUGCCGCAUCCUUGGGGAAUAUAGAGGCAGUUGAAAUAUUACUAAAAGCUAAUCCAUAG